AUGGGCACAGACGAGCUAUGCCGUCAGCGCAUGGCAGUGAAAACGUCUGAUCGCCCGGAGCCCCUGCAUCCUUCUCGAAUAAACAGCGUUUCUUCACAGUUUAGCGAUGGGCCCAUUCCCAGCCCCUCGGCCCGGAGCAGCACGUCGUCCUGGUGCGAGGAGCCGGUCCAGUCCAACAUGGACAUCUCCACCGGUCACAUGAUCUUGUCCUAUAUGGAAGAUCAUCUGAAAAACAAGAAUCGGCUGGAGAAAGAGUGGGAAGCUCUGUGUGCUUAUCAGGCUGAACCCAACGCCACCACAGUUGCACAGCAGGAGGAAAAUAUCCAGAAGAAUCGCUCGCAGGCUGUAGUACCAUAUGAUCAUUCCAGGAUAUGUCUGAAAGCUGAAAGCAGCCACGACAAUUCAGACUACAUCAAUGCUAGCCCAAUUAUGGACCAUGACCCCCGAAACCCUGCAUAUAUUGCCACCCAGGGCCCUCUCCCAGCUACUGUUGCUGACUUCUGGCAGAUGGUCUGGGAGAACGGCUGUGUCGUUAUUGUCAUGCUGACACCGCUCGCAGAAAACGGAGUCAAACAGUGCUACCACUAUUGGCCAGACGAAGGGUCAAACCUCUACCACAUCUAUGAGGUAAACCUUGUCUCUGAGCACAUCUGGUGCGAGGAUUUCCUCGUGAGGAGCUUCUACCUGAAGAACCUGCAGACGAACGAGACCCGCACAGUGACACAGUUCCACUUCCUCAGCUGGAACGAUCAGAGGGUUCCUGCUUCCACAAGAUCACUCCUGGAUUUCCGCAGAAAAGUAAACAAGUGCUACAGGGGUCGCUCUUGUCCAGUAGUUGUUCAUUGCAGCGAUGGUGCAGGAAGAAGUGGAACCUACAUUCUAAUUGACAUGGUUCUCAAUAAAAUGGCCAAAGGUGCUAAAGAGAUUGAUAUUGCUGCUACCCUGGAGCACUUGAGGGACCAGAGACCAGGCAUGGUCCAGACAAAGGAGCAGUUUGAGUUCGCUUUGACAGCGGUUGCAGAGGAAGUGAAUGCAAUACUCAAGGCGCUUCCCCAGUGAGCGGCUCCGUCUCCUGAAGGUUCCCACAGGAUCCGUCCCUCGUUUUCCUCAUCCUCAGUCCCUAUGAAUGUUCUUGGAAACCGUGACCUGACCUUAACUGUGUAUCUUCUGUUGUAACCACAUAGUGAUAGGGUCCUUACAAACUCCUUUAGCUGGUACAAGUUCAACAGUUAAAAUGUGUAUUCUGUUUUUUCGGGUUUUAAACAAAUUUUUAAAAGUACAUCAAAGCCUCGGAUUAAGUGACAGAACAAUCCAUCUGAUUCCUUUCACAUCCUCCAAGCCCUGAAUGUCACACUUUGAAAGCACACAUUCAUGUUCUUAAUAGCAAAUAUACAGUAUUGUGGGUAAUUAGUGCAGUCAAUAUAGUCUCAGAAAACAGUGUUCUGUUAUAUUUUGUAACUUCCACAAGGCUGAAUAAGGGAGGAGGGCCUGAAGAGGAUGGUGAUUGUUCCUAUGCAAUGCCGAGCAAGAGCGUGAACCGGUGCUGAGGGUGUGAGUAAACACAGGUCCAGGCUCUGGCGAAGAGAGCUUGCACCUCCUCGUGCUGGGCUUUGGCAAGCAAAUGUUUUCUUAACUGUUGUUUACUUUUCAGCUUUGUGCCAUGAAUGGAAGAAAAUCUGAAUUAUAAGUAAAUAGGCCCGCACAGUUGUUGCAACUGGGGAGAACAAGUUGGUCAUGUUAAUGGGAACCCGGGGGAUAAUGAGCACAACGCUGACCGUGUCC